AGUUUUCAAUAUUUUACUGUCGAAUUUCGAUAUUCUAGUGAGUAGGUACAUCUGUUGAUUGUGAAGUACAAUUUAAUCGAAACUUCGAUAUGGAGCAAAUGGAAAUGCAGGAAGAGAGUCCAAUCAGGCGACGAUCAACCUGGUCACAUUGGGUAACCAAGCAAAAGCUCAAAAAGUUCGCAUUUAAUCUGUUUGUCGCCGCUCUUGUAUAUUUCGUUUGUAGAAUGACAAUACUCAAAGGUGAUGUCGAAAAACCAGCUCAAUGCCAAACGGUGGAGUGCAUUCAAGCAGCAAACCAUAUUUUAAGCUACAUUAACCAGACCGCCGAUCCAUGUGACGAUUUUUACAAAUUUACCUGCGGCAAAUUUCAUGAAGGGAACAUUGCAAUGGAAAAGAAAACCUUCCUUGAUGAAAUGGACGAAAACAUACAAAAAAUCCAGGAUCAACUGUUGACAUCAGUUAAUAUAGACGACAGCAAGUUUAAUACUAAUCUUCAGGUUGCGCGAAGCUUCUAUAAAGUAUGCAUAAACAAGGCAGCUGUAAAUCAGGAUAAAGAUCGCACUUAUGUGGACACAAUGCUGAAACUUGUUAGCGAUGCUGGCGACAAGCCAUUGUGGCAAAAUGUUACACUCAACGCCAGAAAAUAUGGAAUAGACUACGAUUUUUUCUUGAAUGUCUCAGUUGCAUGGAUUCCGAAGACCCAUUUGUUAAUGAUUGCACCUCCCUAUAUAAGUCCUCACUGGUUUAAAAUGUUAUGGCAAUCCAAUAAUACCGAGUAUAUUAAAAAAGUUGCUCAAUACUGGAUGAGCGACUAUAUUCCGCAAUGGUUUUUGGCAGAUCCAGACAAAAUUGUUGAUUUUGCUAACCAGUUUCAAAAGAUAGUAUUGGAAUCUACGCCGGUUGCAUCAAAUGUGAGACAAAAGAUACGACCAAUUUCGGAACUUAAGCAAACCGAUUACUUUAAUAGGGAUUGGUUGGUUUUCCUUCGAGAAUUGACUGGUAUAGAAAGUUUUGAAGAUUCCGAUGAGGUUCUAUACCUCAUAGAUAAUGGUAACACCGAUAAUUACCUGAGCAAAUUGCACGAUUUGAUGGAAAGAACACAUUGGAGUGUCUGGGCGAAUUACAUGAUUAUAAUGAACACUGCACAACUAUCAGGUUUAUUAUCCAGCCCCGUUCAACAUAUUUUCGAAGAGUUGAUACCAAAUUUCGUUGAAACGGCAAAAACAGAGUCCUGCAAAGAUUUAACGCAGAUAAUGUUUCCAGGAGCACAAGAGACAGAAUACAUUAAAAUGUUAAUGAACACAAAGAAGCAAAAACAUGUUCAAGCAAUAAUGGACAAAUUAAAAUUGGUAAUGGUAAAUAGCAUAAAAGAUAUUUUGUCAGUUAAUCAUAGCUCCACGGACGUAGUCCUGGAUGAAUUGAGAAACAUCGCAUCAGUUAUUGGAUCUGAUAGCAAUUUACAUAACUCAUCGGAUCAUGCACAGAAUGGGGCCCAGUAUGGAAAGGAGAUCGUGUCAAACAGCCUAAUCGAUAUGUAUUUCAAGAUAAAAAAAGUAGAGAUAAGCUAUUUUUUUAAUUACACUCAAAUGGAAAAUCAAGCUGAUGUAAGAAAUCCGAUAAUGAGUAUAAGCAUGUAUUACGUUCGAGAAGAGAACACCAUAUACGUGCCAGCACCAGUUCUACAGCGUCCGAUCUACGAUACUAACUGGCCACAAUAUUUAAAUUAUGGUGCAUUGGGAGCUAUGAUAGGACAUGAACUGAUGCAUGCUUUGCUUACUACAUAUAUCGCUUUAGACGUUGAUCCGAAUAAUCAAACCGGAUAUACAAUAGGAGAAGAGACGGAGGAGUUUGGAUCCUGCGAAUAUGACAAAUAUUUAGAAUACCUUACUGAACGUUACUUUCCCACGAACAUUACGGCUGAUACUUUGCACGAAUCUAUGGCGGAUUUUGGUGGUCAAAAUUUAGCAUACAAAAGUUAUCAGAGUUGGGUGAAAGAACAUGGACUUGAACCGGAACUGCCUGGUGUAAACUACACUGCAAAUCAAAUAUUCUGGAUCAUGUCCAGCAUCCAUUUAUGUCAUGACGCAAACUUAGAACAUCCUGACAAAAUGCAAGAAUAUCUAACAUCUGAGAUCGCAUACUAUUAUCCUGUUCCAAGUUACCGGGUUAAUGGUCCAAAAGUAAAUUCGCCAUCAUUUGCUAAAGAUUUUAGCUGCCAGAGGAAUGCAAAAAUGAAUCCGAAUAAUAAAUGUACGUCCAUUGUUUAAGUACAAAUAUGUGUCAAAUUCAUUUAGAGUAAAACAUUAAGUAAUUCUUAGAAAUCGGGAUUUUUAAGAAUCUACAUUAUACGCUUUAUAUAAAGUUUAUUUUCGUUCAGUGAUUUGUGAAAUAUUUUAUAUCCUUAUGUGACAGUCAGAAUAUUUGUGUCUAAGUAAAUUUUGUACACAUUUUAUUACAUAUUUAGUAAAUUAA